CACACACACACACGCUCAUAUUCCACAUCAUCCCGCUCACUGGGACCAUUUCAGCCGCUGCCUUAAUCACAGGAGGAGCAGAAUCUGAAGCUCUCCUGACUGCAGACAGAGAGGGAGGACCACCACCACCACAAUCCACUUAACCCAGACCCCAGCAGUGCCCGGAUUAUGCGCGCUCCUCCUGAACCCUGAGUCUGAAGAGUUUGCAGAAGUUAUGAACGCGUCUCACGGGCUUCUGGCUCCAGCCAUGGCGGAGUCCCGCGUGCCCUGGGCGGACGAGCGCGAGCAGUUCCUCGGGCGCCUCGUGCAGAUCGCCGUGCUGUGCGUGCUGUCGCUGACCGUGAUCUUCGGGGUCUUCUUCCUGGGCUGCAACCUACUCAUCAAGUCCGAGAGCAUGAUGAACCUGCUGGUGGACGACCGGCGACCCUCCAAAGAGGCGGAGAUCAUCAUGAUCGCUGCGUGAGGAGCUCUGAGAUGGUCUGAGACGAUGUGAGGAGAUUUGAGAUGAUCUGAGACUAUCUCUUCAAGUCUGACUGGUUCUGAGAUGAUGCGAGGAGAUAUGAGAUGAUCUAAGAAGAUCGGGGGAGAUUUGAGACGUUCUGAGAUGAUCUAAGACGAUCUGAUCAGAUGUAAGAUGACCUGAGACGAUCUAAGAAGAUCUAAGAUGGUCAAAGGACAUGAACUCUCUGAACUGUCCCUCAUUAUGAACCUGAAGGAGGAGAUUGACAUGGUGCAUGCGGACUUUUUGACCUUUAGCCUCAUCCUGGUGUCAGGACAGCCCAUAAUAAUGCAUGCUGAAGUAAGAGUGAUGUUUUUUUUUAUAAAAACUACUAAACUAAAAAUUAACUCUGAGUCUAGAAUGUUCCUGUGUGGAGUCGAAAGAUGAGGAAAGCAGAGUUGCUAAUACAUGCAAAUAAAAAUGUGAUUAAACUGAAUUGAGCUGAAUUAAAUGUAUGCAUUAAUUUAACAGCAAUUAAAUUAAUUAAACAAACA